AGCUCGUUUUGACCAUUUAAAAUCGGGUUCAUUUUCCAUUCUUCAACUUACAACGUGAAAACUCAACUUGCCUUACUUGGUGACUGUUGUAAAAGUUUUCUUUGAAAAUGGGCAUUUUAGAACGAAUAGCGGAAAUCGAGUCAGAGAUGGCCCGGACCCAGAAAAACAAAGCAACAAGUGGACAUCUGGGUCUUCUUAAAGCUCGACUGGCCAAACUCAGAAGAGAACUCAUUGAGCCCAAAGGUGGAGGUGGAGGUGGGGGUGAAGGCUUUGAUGUCGCAAAAACAGGAGAUGCACGUAUUGGAUUUGUAGGUUUUCCAUCAGUUGGAAAGUCUACAUUACUUAGUAAUCUUGCUGGAGUGUACUCGGAAGUGGCCGCUUAUGAAUUUACCACCCUCACAACAGUCCCAGGUGUUAUUCGAUAUAAAGGUGCAAAAAUUCAGUUGCUGGAUCUUCCAGGUAUCAUUGAAGGAGCCAAAGACGGCAAAGGUCGUGGAAAACAAGUUAUUGCUGUGGCCAGGACUUGCUCCCUUAUCUUCAUUGUAUUGGAUGUCCUGAAACCUUUACAACACAAGAAGUUGAUAGAGCAUGAGUUGGAGGGAUUUGGCAUCAGACUCAACAAAUCUCCCCCAAACAUUGGGUUUCGGAGAAAGGAAAAGGGAGGGAUAAAUUUGCAGACCCUGGUGACCCAAUCUGAGUUGGACAUGGAUUUGGUGAAGACAAUUCUGGGAGAGUACAAGAUUCACAACGCUGACAUUGUACUUAGGUCAGACUGCUCAGCAGAGGAACUGAUUGAUGUGGUGGAAGGAAAUCGAGUGUAUAUUCCCUGCAUCUACAUUCUAAAUAAGAUUGACCAGAUUUCUAUAGAGGAGCUGGACAUUAUCUAUAAAGUACCUCACUGUGUGCCCAUCUCAGCGCAUCACAAAUGGAAUUUUGAUGACUUACUGGAUAAAAUGUGGGAGUACCUGGGACUGGUUAGAAUAUACACCAAACCAAAGGGCCAGCUGCCUGACUAUACAGCACCUGUGGUUGUCAAAAAAGAUAAAUGUACCGUAGAAGAUUUCUGUAAUAAACUCCACAGAUCCCUCAUCAAAGAAUUCAAAUAUGCCUUAGUUUGGGGUUCCUCUGUGAAACACCAGCCCCAGAAAGUUGGAAAAGAACAUACACUAGCUGAUGAGGAUGUGGUUCAAGUUGUCAAAAAGGUGUGAUGCAAAACUACCCAUAUUAAGUGGAAUUUUUUGGAUGCUCAGAUUUCUGAAUUGACAACUCAAGACCUCUUGCAAUAUGUUUUCCUUACAGAAAAUAACUGGCAUGAACAGUUAAAAAACUUCCUGUUGAUAAGCAAAAUAAGACAACACCUUUAUUUCUUACUAGUUCAGUCAUCUAUAGGUAAUAACAGAAGGAUUAUUUUGUAUUAAACUAACAUUUGUUUACAAUAUUUAUUGAAUUGAGAAAUUGUAAGACAUACAUAUUAUAUGAAAUUUCAGGUUAAUGACAAACAUGUUCAGAUUGUUUUCCAUUAAGGUAUUCUGGUGCUUUUGUCUUUCACAUGUAUGUACUAUUACUACAUUUAUUUCUAAUUUUAUUCAUUACAUUGAAUGAAAUAAAUGGACAAUAAGGUAUGAUCAA